AGCUCAAUAACAGUGACAGUAACGGACACUAUCAGCAUCCCGCCAUGCAGCCACCACCCAGAAAGGUAAAGGAGAGCCAGCAUGUGAAAGUGGUAUUCUCAGAGCAGCUCAGCAAACUGCAGACCAAACAGCAUCAGGACACUGAGCUGCUGGAGGAGAUCAGGUCCUUCAGUAAGCAGCGAGCGACUAUAGAGAAAGAGUAUGGUCAGGCUCUUCAGAGAUUAGCUGUCCAGUACCAGAAGAGAGACUGGCAAAGAGGAAAUACAGAUGCUAUUGCUUCUGGGAGUGUGUUUGGUGUAUGGCGGUCAGUGAUAGAUGCAACAGCUCAGUCUGCUGCAUCGCGAGUUGCUGCUGCAGAGGAAUACCGCCGACUGAUUGGACAAGCAUCUAGAAGUCUUCGCAAUGCGAAGGACAUCCGAACUAAGAGAGGCCUGGAGAGGCUCCAGAGGGCACAGGGGGAAGUGGUGGAUGCUCUUCGGGAGCUGCACAGGAUCAAGAAGAGGUACCAUCAACUCAGUCAGAUCGCCAAUGUUGCCAGAGAGAAAGCUGCUGAUGCACAGACCAGAGCCAGAAAAAGUGAACAUGGGAUUUUCCACUUCAAAACAGGACUACAUAAGAUGGCUGCUAAGCUCAGCGCCAGGUUGAAAGAGUGUGACGACCGUUUGACUGAAGUUCGGAAUGAGUAUCUGCUGGCGUUAGCAGCAGUCAAUGCCCACCACCAACACUACUACACUGAUGAUUUACCACGAAUCGUGGAGCAAAUGGACGGAGAUGUUUAUGAGGAUUUGAGAGGCCAUUUUACGCUGCUGUGUGGGACAGAGAUGGACACCUGUCUGGCCACACACAAACAGUACAGCAGCAUAUGGGAGAGUGUUGCUAAGGUGACCAGAGAGAGAAAUGUUCUGCAGUUUCUUCAAGAAUCUGUCUCCUUCAGCAAAACACCUGAAUUCAGCUUCCAGCCAGCUCCGCGAGACAAGGUGUCUGCUCUACAGGAGGUUUGUGCUUCAGAAGCAGAGGGAUGUCUGGUUAAGGAGGCCAAGAAGUGGACUACAAAAGCUGCUAAAGACUACAAGAUCGUCACCCAUGGAGAGAGGGCCCUACAGACGUUAGAGAGUCGGCUGAAGCUUUUAUCGGGGGAGACAGGGCUCAGUGUGGAGCAGAAGAUAGCAGAGGUGCAGGACAGCGUCAGGAAGGCCAAGCUCAGCAGGGUGAAGGCCGAGGCCCGUCUGACUCUGUUGUCAGUCAGUGUCACAGGAACUGAACUGUGGCUUCACGACGCCAUGACCCAGGCAGAGGAGGAGCUGGAGAGAGAGAGACACCUCAGCGAACAGAGGAAGUCUACCGAGGACUUUUCAGAGGAUGAGUUUGAGCUGACUGACUUUGAGGACUAUGAUGAUGAGAACGGAGACAUCUUUGCAGAUCCAGUGUCAGCAUCUGGAGUGUGUGUGUACCCUGCAGCCUGCAGGGUUGUCUACAGCUACCAGGCUAGCCAGUCAGAUGAGCUGUCAAUCAUGGAAGGGGAGGAACUUCAAGUGAUUGAGGAUGGAGACAUGGAGGACUGGCUGAAGGUAUGUAACACCUGUGGUCAGGUGGGGUAUGUUCCUGAGCGUUAUGUGCAGUUCCUGUGUCUACCAGCAGAGGACGCCACUCAGCUGGACAGUUCUUUUAGCUCCACCUCAUCCACUGAGAAUAAAGACAGGGCCGCAAGCAGAGGUGUAGCCAGAGCUCUGUACUCCUACGAGGCCCAGAGCGCCGAGGAGCUUUCCUUCCAGGAGGGGGCACUAAUUCAGCUGAUACGCUGUCGCCAUGGAGAGGUGGAUGACGGUUUUUGGGAGGGAGAACUGAAUGGACGGAUCGGUGUCUUCCCAUCGUUGGUGGUGGAGCUCAUCCAUGAUGAAGGGGAGGAAGAGGAGGAGGAGGAGGAGGAGCCUCUCCCCACCCCAACCAUGCCUCCUUUCUUACCCCCAAUCCCAAGCCCCUCGAACCCUGGCUGUAGUUCAGCACUGAGUGCUGCUCCCUCUAGCUGUGUGGAGGACAAACAGCAGGUCUUUCCUCCGAGACUUGCAGACGACAUAAAAGAGACUGGAGGCAGCAGCCACAAUUCUCCAGAUCUCUCCAGCACUCGACUAAGACCAUGUCGGGCGCCUCCUCCUCCACCAACACAGAAGCCUUCACCCCAGUCCUGAGGCAAAGACUGAGUCACUGUCAAAGUUCACCACAAUGCAUGACCUGUUAGCACCCAAAGAAACAUUGGUUUUACUUUUACUGUAGCACUAAACAAAUAACCUGUAUUUGUUUGUUAGUAUUUGUUGAUUUAUGCACUGGUCAACGUGGGUCACAUGGUGUGACUUACAGCAGAUAGCAAAGUCAUAACAUUACCAUUUAAGUAGAAUUCAUCUUGUAAUUAGGAAAAAUUAUGAAUAUUUUAAAAUUGUGGCGCACAAGAAAAGUCAAGUGGCAUGUAGCUUUAGUUUUACGGGUAACUGAGCUUUUACUAUGUUAGCUAUCAGCAUCAGAGCCGUUAGAGCUAACAAGUAAGAAUGUAAAACAGCAUGAAUACCUGACACUGCAGCUGGAUCUGGACACAAAAUGUAAUACCAUAUUUUAUUUUCUUUGUAAAUAUUUUCUUGUAAUGUUUCAUUUGGUGGCUUUCAAUGAAUUGCUGAAACACUAUUUGAAUGAAUAUUGAAGGAAUACUGAAGUAUUUGUGCCCUUUAAAGAAACCAUGUAGAAUCCACCAGUUUCCACCAUAUCAGUCUAACACAAAUAACUGAAGAAUAAUGAACUGGAUUAUAUGAUGAUAUAUAUGAAGUUUACCAGUAAAAGUGCAAGUCCAAAUAAUCAUUGUGCUGCACAGUUGAGAAUAUACUUGAUGAUGUGGCUGCAGGGAAGGUCAAAUGUGAUGCUUUUGUUUAUAUUCCAUCUCCACAGAGAUGUGACCAUUCAUUUUCAUUUCAGUCAAAUAAAACUAUUUAAUCUUUUGCAUAAAAAUUAUAUAAUCAUGAAUUUCCCUCUUUUGUAAGAUUGUUUUUGUAUUGAGCUUGCCAUUAUGGCUUUAAAUUAUCUUUUUGGGGCGGUUCACUUGGCACUAUGCCGGUAGCUUGGCUAUUUCUGUAACAUGUUGGUGUGAUGUACAGCUCAGCUGCCUGGUCACUCACUGAUGUCAUAUAGUGACAUUAUCAAGCUCAAUCGGGAUAAAACACAGACUCACACAAAGGUUUGAAAAGCAUAGUUCUAGUAUUUUAUUUCAUUAGGUUACAUUAUGAUACAUUUGCAUAUUUACAAUGCUCUCACUUCAUGUGUUCUAUGCUGUACGUACUGUGUAUACCAGACUUUGAUCAACCUCAUAGUGAUUAUGGAGAGUAAUGAGUUUAGAGGCUUUUUAGCUUUUGUGGUUUCCAGUGGUUCUUCAGUGUGCAUAGUUCAAUAGCUGCUGAUCUGUGUACUGCUUCACCUCUGACCAUUUUUGAAUACUGCCACAAAUUUUUCCAUUUAUAAUAAAUGUAGGGAAGCAACAUGGUGCAUACAAUAUGUUGCAAGCUGACCAAAAUCUAUUUAUUACUGGGCCCAUUGUGAAAAACAGGACAAGACAAAAAGAACAUCAUGUAUGUUGAUGGUGUGUCAAUUUAGAGUACAAGCAACGUUUACAAGCAGCUGAUUUGGAAACUGUAAGGAAAACAACACACUGCACCUCUCAGCUGCCUGGAUUUCUCUUUUAUUCAUACAGCAUGUCCAUACUGUUGCUGGUGUGAAAACCUUUACUAACCUUUCAUGUUAUUUCCAGGUAUGCUCUGCAAUUUGAAUGCAAAUUACUUUCUCAUACUGCUUUAGCCACAUUCAUUGUCUGGAGGUCAACAUAAAGCCUUUAUGUAAUAUUACUGAUAAAUGUUGCUUAAUCUUUCACUUUGCUCAAUUAGCCUCUGAAUUUGUUCCAAAGAUACUGAGUAAGUAACAAUAUCUCCUGACUGCUGGGCAAUUCCUUUCAAAGGGCAUCAUUUAUUGAGUCCGUGCUAUGGCUUUACAGUAGAACUACCAGACAAUGUGUAAAUCCUCCGCUAUAAGAUUUUGUCAGCAACAGGUGUAUUAGUCUGUUGAUUGCACCUGGUUUAAGUAGUAUAAUACAAUAUCAAUUUAGCUUUGUACCUUAAAAUCUUGUUUUUCUAUAAGAACAAGUUUUUCAAUAUUUUUUCCAAUGUAAAUUAAUUAAA